AUGCGUGUACUGUCAGUUUACCGCCUGGCGAUAACAUCCACGUCACAACCGGAUGGCGAUGUGCGCUGGCCAGUGUUCACUGGGAUCGCGCCGAGAAACUCGGGCUCCAAUAAAUCCCGGACAGUCGAUGACGUCACGGGAUCGUGGCAGCCGGGAGCUGGUGUGGUUCACGUAGUUCGCGGGCCUCCUGCACAUUGCAAUCGUCGCGCCAACCUGUGCACUCGCAAGCCGACGAGGGCAGUCGGGCCGGUAAACCUCAAACGUGCGCGUGUGUGCCCUGUGACGGGGGCACGCACACAGGCGCACACAGGCGCACUGAGACGCCGAUUUACAUACGGGGCGCAGUUGGAGCGAGAGGGCGAACGCGCCGCACCGGCGGCGGAGGCGCGGGUGAAAGAGACCACUGUACCGCCGUCCCGUGAAUGGGGGGCCAUUGAAACGUCAAGGCGCGGGCAUUGUGCGGCCGUUUCCAGGCUCGCCGCGGCCGAUGUUAUUCUUCCUCGGCCGCAUCUACUCCCCAACAAAAGGAGCAGCCCGUCUCAAUCGUCCGCAGCGUUCGGGAACUUUAUCGGCGCCACGGCAACGAGAUCAAUUCCAUAUUUGCAG